GCGCUCACGUGAGCGUGCGCGAGCGAGGCACUUCCGCCGGCCGGGAAGCGGCGGGGGAGCAGGGCUGGUGUGAGGGAUCAGAUCCGGGGAAACCCUCUGUCUGCGGCGGAGAUUUCCUGUGAUCGCCAGUGCGGUCCAAGGCAGGGGCUGCUCUUGCGGAUUCUUGAGCGUUCGUGAGGGAACCGGGAAGAUGGUGAAUGUUCUGAAAGGUGUUCUGGUGGAGUGUGACCCAGCAAUGAAGCAGUUUCUGCUCUACUUGGAUGAGUCAAAUGCUUUGGGAAAGAAGUUCAUCAUACAAGACCUGGAUGAAACUCAUGUCUUUGUAUUAGCUGAGUUGGUCAACUUCCUCCAGGAGAGAGUGGGAGAGUUAAUGGACCAGAACUCAUUUCCUAUUACUCAGAAGUGAGAAAAAACAGAGAAAUGAGAUUAUUGCAAGUUCUGGAACAGUGAAUUUCAAUAGUGUGGGUUGUUACUGUUUUAAUAGCUAACACUGUGGCAUGUAAGUUCUACAUAGAAGUGGCUACUAUGGAAAAUGCAUCAUUUCUAUAAACAUAAUAGUCUGGAAUUGGAUUUUGUUUCUCAUUUUGAAAGAAUGUGGUAUCUUUAUUAAAAUGCUUAAAAUUAUACACUUGAGGAGUUCCCUUGAGAAUUUUUGAUGCAUGUUGUCUGGUUUUCUGUUAGUUUUUUAUCUUGCAAGAUGACAUGAACCAAAAAGUAAAGUAGUGUUUCUGUAUCGGAGUGAGGUCCUCUCAUGUGUUGUGUUCCUGUGUGUGAUUAUAUAAUCUGAUUAUAGUGUGACUGACAGAAAGUAAAGAAAACCUGUUGAAGUGUGGUCUGUGCUUGAUGGAAUAUCUCUCUAGGUUGGAGGUAUGGUCAGAUCCUGCUCUAAGUUGAUGGGUUUUAUAUAGCAGGAUCAGAGUUGGUGUGAGCGUUUUGUUGUGCUGUUUGGGGUAGGGAGUGUUAGGGCUUUUUUUGUUACAAAUGCCCCAUACUACUUGCCUACUUUUACCAAGGCCGUGCUUUCUGAGUUGUUCUGAGUUUGGGGAGUGGUGGUGAGAGUUUGGAGGGGAAGGAGGGAUAUGGGGCAAUUGGGACAACAAAAUCCAUUGCCCUAGAUUAUCAUAAAUUAAAGGGUAACAGAAAUGGGAGACCAGUCCUAUAGGUAUAAUUGCUUGUAUUUUUUCACUGAAGCUGAUAGUCACAGUAAGUUAUAUGAUCAGACUCCCAUGCUCUACCUAACAAACAAGAAAGCUGGGUUUGGAUUUUUGGUUGCCUUUUUUUUUAUUUCUUCAGCUUAGUUCUUUCUCCCAUACUGCCUUUUGCUGCAAAGAAAAAGGUUUGUAGUGUCAUGGUUUGGUUGUUUGGGGUUUUUUACACUGUAUUUGUAACUUUAGCUCAGACACUGGCUUGGUUUUCAGACCUACUCAUGUACAUCAGAUAGAUGCCACCUUUUUGUCUUUGAGAAAAAGAACAAGUGUAAACAGAAAGGCUUUUAUAAGGAACAGUUUUCCUUACUGACUCUCCCACUGAUGCUUGUUUCUCUUGUCCAGUAGAUAUCAGAUUAAUUGAUGGGUUUGUCCUUGGUUUUUGUUUGGAUUGGUUUUUUGGUUUGCUUUUUUUCCCCUUAGGAAUAGGGAAUCUUGAGAAGAAAGUUUCACUAGAUGUUUUUAAUCAAAAAGCUGUCCAAAGACAGUUCUGUAGAAUUGUAUAUAUGCAGGCUCAUGUGGAUGAGCAAAUAGCCCUGUAAAAUUUAGCUUCAUAUAAUUCAUAUAACAGCGUACCUUCCCUGUUCUCUAACUGUAUAGAACAAUGAGUUUUGGUCCAAGCUGUUUAAUCUCUUUGGUGCUUUCCUGAUCAUGUAGAUUAAGAAACAGCUACAUGUCUUUACCUGAAAUAAGAAGUUAAAAUCUUAUUUAUAAAUGGUUAAUGGUUCCUUACCUCUUUCAUGAGAUUGAUCUCAAGAGACUGAUCAAACACUGACCUCAUAACUGUUACUUUGUGGAAGUUUAUUGGGUGCCCAUUUAAUGGAGAAAUAAUCAGUAGUUUUAACAUGGCAUUGUAGCUCAGUACAAUUUGUUUAGAAGUGUCUGUUGCCUUUCUUUGGAAUCCUAGUUUAUUUUCCAUCCAGAUUCUGCUGAAAGGUAAAUCAUCCAUCACUCUCUCUUCAAAAGACAGCAUUUGAAGUCAUGCUUGGAAUUCCACGUUAAGCUUCUCUGUAUUUAGCAUGUCUAGUGCUCCAUUUCUAUUGUGACUUUCCUUUUCAGUCUGUAAUAAACUUCUUGCAGUUCUUGGC